UCCGUUUUCUAUCCUCUCUCCUCUGGUGGUGGUAGUGUCACUGAGAACAUAAUUUACCACUGGCCAUUUCGCGGCAUACUUUAUAAAAUAGGUCUGUAGUAAAGAUUAGGUAGACAUGGAUGAUUUUGAUAUGCUCAGUGCUCCACAGUCCAAUGCCGGUAAUGGUGUUGGGGCGGAAGAGGAUCCCGCUGCCGCGUUUUUGGCACAACAGGAAAGUGAGAUCGCGGGGAUUGAGAACGACGAAGGAUUCAGCAUCCUGGACAGUGGAGAAGUCCCUUCUUCUCUCGGCAAUAAUCUGUCAGGAGAUCAGGAUGCCGCUGGGGGUGCGGUGAAUGGAGACGUACACGAGGAGAGUAAUGGCCCAUCUGAUGCUUAUGCGGCCAUCUCCAGUGCUGACCGUUUGCAAGCUGAGCCAGAAAGUCUACGCAAGUGGAGAGAAGAACAGAGAGACCGUCUAGAGCUUUUGGACGCCAACUCCCGUAAACAGGAGACUGAGUGGAAGGAGAAGGCAAAAGUGGAGCUGGAGGACUGGCACAAGCGGCAGGAGGAAACGCUGGAAAAGACCAAAGUGAACAACAGGGUGCUGGAUGAAGAUUUCUACAAACAGCCCUUCUCUGAGCUCAUUGGUUAUGUCACACACAUUAACCAUCCUUGCUACCGCCUAGACCAGGCGGCGGAGGAGGCCAUGGUGUCUGACCUUGACGAAAACAACCCAGGGACAGAGUGGGAACGUGUCGCACGCCUCUGUGACUUCAACCCCAAGUCAAGCAAGCAGGCCAAAGAUGUAUCCCGCAUGCGCUCUGUUCUCAUCUCCCUGAAGCAGUCGCCCCUUGUCCGCUAGGCCUGAUGGUUCAGAGGAGGAAUGGCAGACGGAGAUGGGUAAAGAAGAAAGCAAGCGCUACUGAUCCUUAACUACAUCGUCCACAAGGGCAACACUGCAAUACCACAGAGCACCAUGUAUAAAAUCCUUGUGGUAUUACUGUCUAAUUUCAAACCUAUUUCAAAUCUCAUUUCAAAGAGCAAAGUGUUAUUUUUUAUUUUUGAUUUAGUCUAAAAUGGACCAAACGACAUCAUGUGUGAUUUCAUGUUUUGUUUUCUUUGUCUUGUUGCAUUUCAUUGCUAUAGAACUGAUGUGGCAUUGUGAGCUAUACAUCUAUGCAUUCCCUUUGACCUCUUUAGAAUAUGGUUUCUAAACGUGACCUGUGUAUUCAUACAGUGCACUAUAUGUAUUCUGUGUGUGUGUGUGUCUAUGUACAUAAAGAAUACUGGCUCCUGUGUAUACAAAGGUAUGAGGAUAAAAAUAGAUAAGUGGUUUUAAAGGCAGAGCUAACCUUACUUGUUGCAUCCUCUGUAUUUGAAUAUCAUUAAAGUUCUAUGAAAUCUG